UAGAAAUUUCAAAAAAAAAAUCUGUUUGUAGAAUCCUUUUUUUCCGGCACAUCGAAUUAAUUUUUUAAAUAUUCCAGCAACUUGUUCAUCAACCAGAUUCUUGAAAUUUUCUUGACAUUUUCAACGUACAAAUAUUACGGCAAUAAUAUAAUUUAUUCAUUUUUUUUCGUGUACUCCUCUAAAACGCAAUUCAUAAAUUGGCAGCUAUUAUCAGUCAAUCACUAAUUCAUCAUUCAAAAUCUAUCAUCAAUUCCUCAUCUACUUACACUAAUUAUUUAUAUCUGAAAAGUGAAGAAAAAAAAAUCUGUAAACCUCAAUUAUCAUUCACAGAAAAUUAAUACUAACCCAAAAACACUAAUCAAAUUGAUUACCAUCGAAUCGAAUAAUCAUCAUUUACAAAUGAUUUUUUGUUGAUUAUCUUUGAAAAAAAAAUCAGAAUAAACCAAACACAAAAUGUAUAAAUUUGACAAAGGUAACCACCGACUUUUUGUAAAAGGAUCUCGUGAAGAUGAUGAUCCGGAUAAUAUUGCCGAUUCGAAUGAUCGUCAUUUAAUCAAUGAUCAUACAGUCGAUCGACAACAAUAUGAAUUUGAUUCAAAAAAUCAUAUGGCAUCUGCAUCACAAGAGACACGUGAAUUAUUUCGUACAAGUAACAAUCGAGCUGGCCUAAAAACUGUACAAACAAAACGUGUGGCUAAAAAGAUUACCACAGUAAAUCGUGGUGAACAAAGAAAAUUGCCAACAAUUUCAAUGCUCGAAGGAAAUAAAUUGAAAGAAAAAUUAAUGAAAUGGGCACAAAAAUCAACACGUGGUUAUCCAGGUGUGAAUGUUUGUGAUUUUACCAAUAGUUGGCGUGAUGGCCUCGCAUUCAAUGCCAUUAUACAUCGUAAUAGGCCUGAUUUGCUUGAUUAUCUUAAAUGCCGCGAACGAUCAAAUCGAGAUAACCUUCAAACUGCAUUUGAUGUUUUAUCGAAAAAUUUUGGCAUAAAUUGUUCGCUUACACCUGAUGAAAUUGUCAGAUCAGAACCAAAUGAAGAUGAAAUGCUUAAAUAUUUAGAGGAAAUUUAUAACUUGUUUCCGAAUCCUCCAGAUCACAAUCCAUUAUGGGAUGCAGAGAAAAUCCGUCGAAUCGAUGAUUAUAAAGAUUCGGCAAGUCGUCUAUUAGUGUGGCUUCGUGAAAAUAUUCCAAAAUUGAAUGAUAGAAAUUUUCCAAAUCAACUAAGAGAAAUGGUUCAUCUUAAACGUGAAAAUGAUCAAUUCAAAACAGAACAAAUACCACCGAAAUUGCAUGAUAAACAAAAAUUGGCUAGUAUUUAUGAAGAUGUAUUGAACAUGGCUCGUUCAUUACCAGGUAGACAUGUUCGAAUUGAAGAUGAAUAUGACAUCAGUAAUAUUGAAAGAUUAUGGAAGAAUAUGAUCACUGCCCAUCAGAAACGUGAUCAUGAUAUCUUAGAAGAGAUUGCACGUUUAGAAAAAUUGGAAAAGAUUGCCUCAGAUUUGGUCAAACAGAUACAAAUCUGUGAAGAUAAUCUGGAAACCAUAAAGAAACAGAUUGCUGAAGAAGAAAAACAGGUGUUGAAACAAGAUCCAUUGAAACCAAAUUUCAACAUUGAUAAUAUUCAAAAAAAUCUAGCCGAAGAAGAACGCAGAAUUGCCAACAUGUACGAUGUUUUGAAAAUAUUGACUGAUAAUAAAUACCAUGCAGCUAAUUCAUUGCGAAAUCAAGUGGAUUAUUUACAUGACAAAUGGAAGAGCUUGAAAUUCAAUUUUGACAACAAUGUCGUAAAAGUUUUAAAUGAUCGAAAAGAAGCUGCCCUACGACGACCAAAAACCGAGGAAGAAUUAAUCAAUGAAAAUGAACAUUUCCGUUUUCUUCAUGAUUGUAUACAAGAAUUAUUGAAGAAAAGAAAAUAUCUUGAAAGUUUGAAUAUUGGCGAAGAUCUUCAUACCAUUCAAAGACGAUUGGAACAAUUUCACGAAGAACAAAAAGAAUUGAAACAAUUCCAAAGCAAAAUCGAUGAGUGCCAUAACCGUAAAAUACACAUCAAACGAGAAGAAAUGCCCAUCUAUAACAACAUGUUAGAUCGGCUUCGAACUGCCUAUGAUGAAACAACUGGUUUUGUUCGACAACGAAUUGACCAUCUUCAAUCGUUAUUAGAUUUUUUCAAAUCAGCCGAAAAAGAAUUAUUAUGGAUCAAGAAUAAAGAGGAGAUAGAAAUCUCUCGCGAUUGGUCAUUGAAAAAUCAUAACAUUGAAGAAUUGUCAAAAUAUCAUUAUAAUUUGGUCAAAGAAAUGGAAUCACAUGAACGUGAAUUCAAUAAAGUGCAAGAAAAAGGUGAAAGUUUGAUUAGAAAUCGUCAUCCAAGCACCAAAUUAAUUGAAAAUCUUAUGGCCAAAAUGCAAUACAAUUGGUCAUGGUUAUUGCAGCUAAUCAAUUGUUUUGAACAACAUUUAAAACAUACUGGUGAUUAUUAUAAUUUCAUGGAUGAUGUUAAUGAAUCACGAAAGUUGAUCAAUAUGAUGGAAGACAAAUUGAAUUCUCAAUACAGUCGGCAUCAUAUUACGAUUGAAGAAGGCGAGAAAAUGAUGCAAGAAAUGAAUGCAUUGAAAGAAGACAUCACUAAGAUUGGCAUUACUAUUAGUGAUCUCGAAGACAAAAGUUCGACUAUUGUCAAUUUAAAACAACGAAAAGCACCGCUUCCUAAUCCAAUCAAAGUCAAAUCAUUAUGUAUGAUUAAACAUGAGAAAGGUACGAUUUCAAAGAAUGAAAUGGUCACAUUGUUGGAUAAUUCACAAAGAAAUAAAUGGAAAAUUGCCUCACCAAACAAUGCCGAGUUGGCUAUUCCAAGCGCCUGUUUUGUAAUACCACCACCGGAUCCAGAUGUUCUUGAAGCAUUGAAUGAAUUGAAAAAUAAAUUGGAUUCAUUGAUUGGUUUGUGGGCACAAAAACAAAGAGAACUUCGUCAAAAUCAGGUAUUGGCCUCUUUAAAAGCAGUGAAAGAUAUCGAUUAUCCAACAUAUUGUUCAAUGGAUCCUCGGCAGCUUGAUAAAAUAAUGCGAAGUCUUGAAGAUGACAUCAAUAAAUUAGCACGUGAAGGUCCACCUGAUGAUCCAAUGAUUCGACGAUUAUUAGAUGAAUUUGAUGAUAUUAAGAAAAAGUUUGCCGAUUUUGAAGCUCGUCGUCGUCAAGAAGAGGAAGAUAAAAAGAAUCAGGCAAUGAUACAAAAAUUCAUUGAUUCCGCUAAUGAUCUUUUACAAAGAUUACAGGAAAAGGAACGCAUUUUGAUUCAACGAGCACAAAAUCAAAUUCCACGUGAAAUGUCCAUAUUGAAAACACUUAUCGAUGAACACGAUGAAUUUGAACGUGAUCUGAAACAAUUUGAAUCACGAAUCAAUGAGCUAAAACAAGAAUAUACUCGAAUUCAUAGUAAAUCACAUGCUGCCGAAUCUAAAUAUGUGACAAUUAUUGAUACAUGGGAACGUGUUUGUAAAAUGUCUAAAGAUUAUAGUGAACGUUUGAAAGCUUUACAAACAGUAUUGGAUGAUGUGGAACAAGCCCGAGUUACUUUGAAUGAAGUACAAUCAAGUCUGAUCCUGCAUGAAGAAAUUCCUGCCGAUGAAAUUGAUCUGAAUCAAAUGUGUAAUGAACUACGUAAUCUACAUAAAAAAACGAAUCAAUAUAAUGAAUCAUAUGAUCAUUUAUUAUCCAAUGUGACCAAAGUUCGACGAUUGGUUGAACGAACACGACCAAAACAGACAACACAUGCUGAUUUGAAUCGUCUUGAAGAGGAUGUGAAAACAUUAUAUAAAAAAUGGAAAAUGGCCUCCACACAAAUUACUGAACGACUUUCGAUACUGGAAUUGUGUAGUGAUUUAUUGAAAAAAUAUCGAUCAUUAAUGAAUGUGGAGAAAAAUUGGAUAACACAAACAUCUGCUCGUGUCAACACUGUACUGAAUCGUAGUGAUCUAGAUUAUGUUUCGAAACUAUAUGAAAGUAUUGUUGAAAGAAAAUCAGCCAUUGAUGAUACGAAUACCGCAGGCAAUCGUUUCAUACAUGAAGCCAAAUCAUUGAUGCAAAAAAUCAAAGUCUACAAUGAUAGUCUUGAUGAUUAUAAUGUUGAAAUCAGCGCCAAACGCGCAAGAAAAUAUGCAGGUGUUGAAAUCGUGGAACAGGAAUUGGAAUCGCUUAACAAUGAAUAUAAAAAUCUUUUGGAUAAAGUACUCUCCUAUUUGAAUCAAUUACAAGAUGACGAAAGUCGAAUGCGGGAAUUUAAUUCCAUCGCCGACAAACUAAAAUAUUGGCUGGAUCAAAAAGAAAAAUUAAUUUCAGUUCUUGGACCUAUCGGAUCCGAGCCAUACGUUGUCAAUAGCCAAUUGAGACAAAUUACUGUGAUGAAAGAUGAAUUCUCAUCACAGGAACAUCUAUUGAAUAAAAUGGACAAACUUGGCCAUUCUAUUUUGGAACGAAUGGAUCGCACCAAUCCUUACUAUAGUGAAGUGCAAAAUAAAAUGAAUGACAUUCAUAAAACAUGGAAACAAUUGUUGGCUAUUUUAGAAGAACGUGAAAAGAAUCUUUUGCUUGUCAACGAAGCUUCAACAGAUUUUCAAAACAAAUUAUCAAAAUUACAGCAAAAUCUGGAUACUAUUUCCGAUGAAUUCGAUAAAAUUGUGAAUUCUAAUUUGGAAAAAGAUGAACAAUUAUUGAAGAUAACAAAUCUGGAAGAAAAUUUAGAAUCACAACGACCAUUAUUGGCAGAAUGUAGUAACGCUUGCAAUAAUCUCAUCAAUCUACUUACGGAUAAUGCCUCUAAAAAUGAGAUAAGAGAUAAAUUUAAAUAUGUUGAAUCUAAAUACAAUGAUCUUUCGCGAAAGAUUAGCAACAAAAAAGCCGAAUUACAAUCAACAAUUAAAGAAGAUCGUGAAUUCUUCAUGUCUUGUGAUCAACUUUUAGAAUGGCUUCGUAACAUGUUGAAUACAUUAUCCAAAGAUAUUAAAGUAUCGGCCAUCUAUGAAGUUGUUUCCAAACAGAUUCAAGAUUUCGAACCAAUCUAUCAACAAGUACGCGACAAAGAGCAUGAAGUUCAUAUGGUCAUAAAUAGAGGCAAUAAUCUAUUAAGUCGUAGUUCGGCAUAUCGUGCUGAAACAUCCAAUUGGCGACAAACAUUGGACAAUAUAAAACGUCAAUGGAAUUUGGUCGAAAAAGAAGCUUUGGAGAAAAAAUCAAAAUUACACAAAUGUCUAGACAUUUGUCGUGAAUUCAAUGUCAAUUAUAAUGAUUUGUAUCCAUUAUUGGAACAAUAUGAUUCCAAACUUCAAAGCUUUAAAGAUGUUCCAUUGAAUCGUCCAGAUUUGGAAAAUCGAUUAAAAGAUAUUCAAUUCCUCAAAAAUGACAUCAAUAAACGACAACGUGAUUUUGAUCAUCUACGUAAUUUAGCCGAUCAAUUGGUGUCGAUUGCUGAUACUGAUAAGGAUCAUGUGAAAAAUCGCAUGAAUCAAUUGAAACAACUAUGGGAUCGGGUCAACUCUGAAGUGUUGAAACGUUCCCAAAUGAUCGAUUCAAUUUUGCAUAAAUUGAUCGCCUAUCAAGAUAGUAUGCGUGAUUUCAAUCAGGCAAUGCAGCGUAUCGAAGAUAAGAUGAUGUCACAACAUGCGUUUACUGAUCAAAAAUUGGUCGAUCGCAUGAAGAAUCUUUUGGAUGAAGCUAAAGGUCUUCGACACAAUUUGGAUCAAGUAAAAACACAUGCCCGAGAGUUGAUCAAUGAAGUUAAAAAUGAAAAAUCUACACGACAAAUUGAGAAUGAAGUACGUGAAGCCGAAGAACGUUAUCGUGCAUUAUUGGACAAACUGGACAGAAAAUGUAAAGAUCUUGACGUAUUGGCCAACAAUGUUAAAACAUUCACCAUGAAAUUGACAGAAAUUCAAAAUCAAUUAAAUCAAUUGGAACAACAAUUGAAUAAUAUGGCACCGAUUGCACGUCAUUCAGAUAUUCUUCGUCAACAAAUGGCCGAAAUCAAAGAUUUUCGUAAUGAUUUAGACAAGGUACAUCAAAAAUUAAAAGAAGCCGAACAAUUUUACAAAAACAUUACUGAUAAAGAUCCAUCAUUCGACAAUAACAUGUAUCGAUAUCAAUUGGAAAAUAUGAAUCGACAACAUGCACGAUUAGAUGAUGCAAGCCGACAACGUUUGAAUAAUAUACAAAAUAUGAUCGACAAAUUGAAAGGAUUCUAUAAUGAUUAUGAUGGUUUGGAUAAAAACCUGAACGAUGUGAACAAACAAAUUGAUAACUUGAAACCAAUCAGUCGAGAUGUCGACGCUAUUCGUGCUCAACAAAAUGAAUUCCGUAAUUUGAAUGCAAAUUUGGUUGAACCCUUGGCAAGACGAGUGGAUGAUUUGCUUCGUAAAGCCAAUGGUCUGAUUCAAUCAGCAUUGCCAGGCGUCGAUACCAGUAAAUUAGAACAAGAUACUGACAAAAUCAAUGGUAAAUGGAAUGAUUUAAAAGAGAAAAUAAAUGAUCGUGAACGUAAAUUGGAUUCUGCCAUAUUACAAGCCGGUCGUUUCCAAGAUGCAAUGGAUGCAUUUGAAAAAUGGCUUAAAGAUGCCGAAAACAUGCUUGCCAAUCAAAAACCACCAAGUUCUGAUUAUAAAGUACUCAAAGCACAAAUCCAAGAACAACAAUUCAUCAAUAAAAUGGUCGAUGAUCGUGAAAAUAGUUUGAAAUCUCUAAGAGAAAUGGGGCUAGAAUUUAUGCGAAAUCUAGAUCACAAUGAAAAACAUCAUGUUGAAAAUCAAUUGAAUGAUCUAUCCAAACGAUUCAAUAUUCUUAAGAAUAAUUGUUAUAAACGUUUAGAUUUAUUGAAGCAAAUUUUCCCGAUCGCUAAAGAUUUCAGUGAUAAAGCUGUGCCUCUUCAGGAAUGGUUGAAUCAAACGGAACGUAAACUUAGUCUUUUGAAACAUUCUCCCAUUGAUCAAGAUAAUGUUAAAAGCAAAAUCGCCGAACAUCAAAUGUUGCAUCAAGAUGUUCUCAACCACAAAAACGAAUUUGAACGUUUGACUGAGAUUGCACAAAAUUUAAUCAGUCUUUUAACUGAUGAUGAAGCUCAAAUCGUUGUGGAUAAAUCAAAAGAAUUGACCGACCGUUAUGCCAAAUUGGUUGAAGAUAGUCUUGAUUUUGGUGAAAUUCUGGAUGAAUCGAGAAAAAUUCUUGAAAACUUCCUCAGUAACUUUGACGAUCUAUUCAAUUGGAUCGAUCGAAUGGAACAAAGAGUGAACAAACAUAAAAAUUGUGCCAUUACUGUCGAAAAGAUUCGUGAACAAUUGGACGAUUUACAUGAUAUUCAACGCGAAAUUCAGUCAAAUGAACCACGAAUCUAUGAAAUAUUUAAUGUAGUUCAAUCAUUAAAUCGUGGCGAUUCCUUGAUGAUCAAACAAAAAACUGAUCAGCUUCAAUUCCGAUUCAAUGAAUUGAAAAGAAAAGCUUCGGAGUAUAUGAACAAUUUGAAAGAUGUGCUUCCUGUGGCACAAAAUUUCUACAAUGCCCAUGAUAAAUUGAACGCAUGGCUUGAUGUUGCUGAACGUAGUCUAAAGAAUUUGGAAUCACAAAGCUUGAAGCAACAAGAAUCAACGAUUCGAACAUUGGAAAGUCAAAUCAAUGAGAAUAAAUCAUUGCUUGAUACGAUUAAUAAUUUGGCUCCACAAUUCUGUAAUUACACUAGCGGUCAAGGUACCGCUCAUAUUGAAAGCAUAGUCAUCAAAGAUAAUCGUCGAUUCAAUAAUGUUUGUGAUCAAAUUAAUAGACAAGUGGAUAAGAUCGAUGUGUUGAAGCAACGAAAUGAUGAGAUUGUCAAUGAUAUUGAUGAAUUGUAUGAAUGGUUCAAAGAUGCCGAACGACAAUUACUGGAAGCCGAAGGUAUUCCACAUGAACCAAAGAAAUUGACUGUUCUGUUGAAGGAAACAAAAGCAUUGUAUGAUGAUAUAAACAGUCAAAAAGGAAGAGUACGUGAUGUUCUGGCAAAUGUUAAAAAAUUGAUUCGAAAUAACAACACAGAAGAUAUGAUUCAUAUUCGUGAAAAAUCUGAAGAAUUGAAAGAUUUAGCUAAUCAUGUUUCACAAUUGUGUUUAGAUCGAUUGAAUUUAUUGGAACAAGCUUUACCAUUAGCCGAACAUUUCUUCGAAGCUUACAAUGAAUUAAAUCAAUGGUUGGAUGAGACCGAAAAUGAAGCCCAAAUGUUGGGUGGUGCAAUCAAUGCUAUCCGAAUCAAACAACAACAGGAGAUUAUCAACCAUUUGAAUCGAUCAAUUAAUGAACAUAAACCAGUGUUGGAAAAAUUGAAUAAAACUGGUCAAUCAUUGAUUAACAUUGUUCAAGAACGUGAUGGAAAACAAGUAAAACGAUUGAUGGAUGACAUCAAUGAUCGAUUUAAUAAUCUUAAAAUCAAACUGCGAGAUCAACAAUUAAUUCUGGAUUCAGCGUUGCAAGAAACAUCACAGUUCACUGACAAAUUAGACGGCCUUUUACGAACCUUAAUGGACAUUCUGGAACAAUUGAAAAAUGCUGAGCCCAUUUCAGCACAUCCCGAAAGAAUCCGGGAACAAAUUAACGAUAAUGAUUCUAUUAUUGAUGAACUGAACAAAAGAAAAAUGGUUUAUGAAACUGUUUCUCAGGUCGCUAAUGAUCUUAUCAACAAAGCUGGAAGACAUGAUGAUUCUGUUCGUGACAUCUAUAAUCAACAUAAUAAACUCAAAGAUUGUUGGAAUCAAUGUAAUACACUGGCUCAGAAUCGUAAACAAUCAUUGAAUGAUGCACUAAAGAUUGCCACCCAAUUCUGGAAUCAAUUGAAUGAUGCAAUGGAAUCAUUGAAAAAUAUCGAAAAGGCAAUAAUGUCCGAAGAGCAACCAGCUUGUGAACCAAACGCAGUAUAUAGACAACAAGAAUUUCUGAAAGAAAUCAAACAAGAUUUGGACAACGCUCGAACCAAAGUAGAUGAUUGUAAAAUGACCGGGAGAAAUUUAAUGAAAAUUGUUGGUGAAAGUGAUAAAUAUGAGAUUAAGAAAAACAUUGAUGAACUUGAAAAUUAUUGGAAUAAUAUUGCCAAUCUGUUUAGUCAACGCGAAAAAGAUCUGAAGAAUGCAAUGGAAAAGGCUAUGAAAUUCCAUGAAGCUCUUCAAAACUUGUUAGAAUUUCUCGACAAUGCUGAAGAUACAUUCAACAAUUUCGGGCCAGUUGCUUCUGAUUUGAAUAUCGUGAAAAAACAAGUUCAUGAAUUGACUAAUUUCAAAAAACAUGUCGAUUCACAUGUGCCGGAUAUCGAAAACUUUAAUCGAUUAGCCAAUGAAUUGCUUGAAUGUGUGCCAUCAUCUCAAGCUAAAAGUAUCCGUGAACCAAUGAACGAAGUAAAUCAUCGUUGGGAUGAUCUUUCCAAAGCCAUUGCUAAUCGACAAGCCGAAUUGGAAAAUGCAUUACUCAAAUUAGGACAAUUUGAACAAUCGUUGAAUGAUUUCCUGGAAUGGAUGGCUAGAACAGAACGAACACUUGAUGAAAUCAAACCAACAUUCAGUGAUCCUCAAGUAUUGGAAAUUGAAUUAUCAAAAUUCAAAGUUUUAGAAAAUGAUAUCUAUGCACACCAAAGUACAGUGGAUACUUUGAAUUCGGCGGGUAAAAUGUUGAUCGACAAUGAACGUGGAACAGAGAAUGCACGUGCCACACAGAAUAAAUUGAACAAAUUGAAUUCAAGAUGGCAACAAUUGUUGGACAAAACCGAACAACGAAAACGAGAACUAGAAGAAUUGUUGAAAGAAGCACACUGUUUCAAUCAAGAAUUAUUGGAUAUGAUCUCAUGGAUCAAUGACAUGGAUAAUGAAUUGAGCGUAUCCAAACCGGUUGGUGGUUUACCUGAAACAGCCCGAGAACAAUUGAAUCGUUUCAUGGAGAUUUACCAAGAAAUCGAUUCAAACCGAUUCCGAAUCGAUUCAUUGAUUGAUCGAGGCAAUGAAUAUAUUAAACGAUCAAAAGAAGCGCCCACUUUGCAGCAUAAUGUGAAGACAUUGAAAACUAAAUGGGAAAAUCUAUUAGCCAAGGCAAAUGAUAAAAAAAUCAAAUUGGAAAUAGCCUUAGCAGAAGCCAUUGAUUUCCAUGAUACUUUCAAUAAAUUCGUCGAAUGGUUAACUGAAGCCGAAAAGUAUUUGAACAAUCUUCAGCCAGUUAGUCGUGUAAUGGACAGAAUCACCAAACAGAUCGAAGAACAUAAAAAUUUCCAAAAAGAUCUUGGAAAUCAUCGUGAAAGCAUGAUGGAACUUGAUAAAAAAGGAACACAUUUGAAAUAUUUCAGCCAAAAACAAGAUGUUAUUUUGAUCAAAAAUCUUCUUGUCAGUGUACAACAUCGUUGGGAAAAAGUAUUGGCCAAAACAGCAGAACGUUCUAGAAAUCUUGAUUAUGGAUUCCGUGAAACCAAAGAAUUUUAUGAUGCCUGGAAUAAUUUGAUGGAUUGGCUAAAUGAUUUGGAAAAAAAUUUCGAUUCAAUACAACAAUUGAGCAACAAUUCUGAUGUGAUUCGACAGAUGAUUCAAAAACAUCGAGAAUUCCAACGACAAUUGGGAUCAAAACAUUCACAAUACGAUGCUACGCUCAAGAUGGGCAAGAAUUUGAAGGAGAAAGCACCAAAGGUUGAUGUUCCGGUUAUACAAAACAUGAUUGAUGAACUUAAGAAUAAAUGGAAUUCUAUCUGUAACAAAUCAGUAGAUCGACAACGGAAAUUGGAAGAAGCUUUAUUAUUCUCCGGACAAUUCAAAGAUGCCAUUGAUGCUUUAUUGGAUUGGCUUGAUAAGGCUCGCGAACAAUUGCUCAACAAUUUAUCAGUGUAUGGUGAUCUUGAUACAGUUACUGCAUUGGUUGAACAGCAUAAAAUUUUCCUAGAAGAAUUCAAACGUCGUGAAAAGAACCUUCAAUCGGUUCACAGAAUUUCGGAAGAAUUGCGAAAAUCUUCUCCAGGUGAUGAUUCAUAUAAUAUUCAAACUGAAAUUGCUGCCAUUGAUGAAAAAUGGAAAGAAGUCGAGCAAUUAAGUCGUGAACGAUCGAUCGAAUUGGAUAAAGCAAUGAUUGAGGCUGAAAAACUUCACAAAGCAGUCAAUAUAUUGCUUGAAUGGCUUUCGGAUGCAGAAAUGAAACUUAGAUUCUCUGGGCCGAUGCCAGAAGAUGAGAGUGCUACAAGAGAACAAAUUUCCGAACAUGAAGUGUUUCUGGAAGAAAUGUCGAUACAAGAGAAAAAUAAAGAAUCGACAGUAAAAAUCGCUCAAGACAUAUUAAACAAAUGUCAUCCAGAAGCCAUCACUGUGAUCAAGCAUUGGAUUACCAUCAUUCAAUCACGAUGGGAAGAAGUAAACUCUUGGGCUAAACAACGUGAACAACGUUUAAUUGAUCAUCUUGAAUCUUUGUUGAACAUUAUGGAUUCAUUGGAAAAAGCCUUAGCAUGGUUGAUCGGUGCCGAAGCUGCUUUAUUAGCAGCCGAAACACAACCAUUACCUGAUGAUAAUGUGGAACUUCAUAAAUUGAUCGAUGAGCAUGAUCGAUUCUUAGAUGAAUUGGAAAAGAAAGGCGUGGACAUUGAUAAAAUUGCUAAAACGUUUGCCAUCAAAAAGCAAGCGAUUGCUGGAUUGAAAACUAUCGAUCGUAAACGGGGUCAAGGACCACGAUCGUCUACUCCGAUUAAGAUUCCUUCCAAUGAUUUUGGUUACGAUGUUAAGCAACCCAAAGUAAAAGAACUACUUGAUAAAUGGAGCAAGGUCAAUAAAUUGGCUCAAGAUCGAAAGAAACGAUUGCAAGAUAAGCUAGAUUAUAAUAAUGAAGUUGAACGUAUAAAAAACUUUGAUUUUGAUGAAUGGCGUCGAUCAUUUUUGGGUUGGAUGAGCAAUAAAAAAGCAAGAAUUAUGGAUUUCUUCAAGAAAAUCGAUUCCAACAACGAUGGUCGUGUUACAAAAUCUGAAUUCAUUGAAGGAUUUGUUAAAUCGAAAUUCACGACAAGCCGAUUAGAAAUGGAAAAGGUUGCCGAUAUUUUCGAUCGAAACAACGAUGGAUAUGUUGAUCACAAAGAAUACAAUGACACACUUCGACCGGAGCGUGAUUUACCCAAAACCGAAUCUGAAAUUAUACAGGAUGAAGUGCAAAAACAAGUUGACAAAUGUGCAUGUAUGGAAAAAUAUAAAGUGUCACAAGUGGGCGAAUGCAAAUAUAGAUUUGGCGAUUCCCAAAAAUUGCGACUUGUCCGUAUUCUUCGUAGUACAGUCAUGGUCCGUGUUGGUGGUGGUUGGAUUUCACUAGAUGAUUUCCUCAAGAAAUACGAUCCAUGCAGAGUUAAAGGUCGAACCAACAUUGAAUUACGGGAACAACUAGCUGCUGAUUUCGAUACAAAAAACAAACCAUUGUUCAAUGAUGAUGGAACCAUUUCAUCAGUUGGACCAAUCACCAAAAUUAAGGAGAAAACAGAUCGAAGUCUUCCGAUGAAUUCACAGGACCAAGUUCGAUUCAAUUCGACUAUCACUAGUGAUUAUAGUUUCAGUGAUCAUGCCGAUAGUUCCGGAGCAAAAUCCCGUCCACGAAGUCGAUUGACAAUUUCUUCAAAUAGCCGACCAGGAAGUCGACAUUCCAGUCAGCCACCAAGCCGAGCUGGUAGCGAUCUAUCUAUUGAUAGUUUGGAUAUCAGCAAUCCUAAAACGACAACUACUACUACUUACAAGUAUUCGGUCAAAUCUAGCCGCAAACCGAAUUCCCGACAAGGUUCCUACACUAAUCUUCGCGAUUAUCGACUAAAAUAAACUAGAAUAAGGUUGCCAGAUCGGCCAAAGAGUCUGGUAACUCUAAACUAGAAUUUUGGAAUACAUCCACAAUGCAUACAAAAUAUUAAAUUCGAUGAUGAUGAUUUUAUUCGUGAUACAUUUAUUUGAAAAAUAUAUUCGAUGUGCCUUAAAAAUUCGUGUAUAUAACAAGUUGCUGGAAAAAUAAACAACAUUUUAACUAA